CUCUCUCUCUCUCUCUCUCUCUCUCUCUCUCUCUCUUUUGUUUUUUUUUCGCUCUCUCUACCGCACAGCUGUUUCUAGCUGUCCCCUCUCCUCCUCCCAUGUGACCUCCUCCUCCUCCACCUACAUUACCUCUCCUUCCCCAUUACAACAAAAUAACAAAGAUGCUAAUUAAUCCGAAGAAGAUCAUACACAUAAUAAUAAUAUAACCUUCACACUAGCUAGUUUGCUGGAGGGAAAGGGAGAUUAAUGGCUCAGUUGCCUCCCAGGAUCCCCAGCAUUGCGGGCAACUGGGCCGUCAAUUUCGAGAGGAGUCCGACGAUGUCGGCCCCGCAGCAGCCGUCCUGGGUCGACGAGUUCCUCUGCUUCUCCGCCGCGCGGCGCGGGGCCCACCGCCGGUCGGUCAGCGACUCGGUGGCGUUCCUCGAGGCGCCGCUGGCCGACUGCUCCGCCGUCGUCGGCGGCGGGGGCGGCGAGUUCGACCGCCUCGACGACGACCAGCUCAUGUCCAUGUUCUCCGACGACGUGCCGCCGCCGGCGCCCGUCGUGUCGUCGUCGAACCCGUCGACGCCGUCGGAUCAUAACAGCAUUAAUGAAGAUCAGAAGACGGCAGCGGAGCAGCAGGCGGAGGAGGCGCAGAGCGAGGAGGAGCAGCCGGCUCCCGGGCCUGAGCCUACCACAUUUGUUGAUCCGAAGAGGGUUAAGAGGAUAUUGGCGAAUAGGCAAUCCGCGCAGAGAUCCCGAGUGAGGAAACUGCAGUACAUAUCCGAGCUCGAACGUAGCGUCACGUCAUUGCAGACGGAGGUGUCGGCAUUGUCUCCACGAGUCGCAUUCCUCGAUCACCAGCGCUCGCUUCUGACCGUCGGGAACAGCCAUCUUAAGCAGCGGAUUGCUGCUCUAGCGCAAGAUAAGAUCUUCAAGGAUGCACAUCAAGAAGCUCUUAAGAAGGAGAUAGAGAGGCUGAGACGUGUGUAUGAGCAACAACAAAACCUCAAGAAAAUGGCUUCUCCUGCCUCGGAUGCUUCUGUUCGCGGCGAGAAAGAGCUCCUCGGCCGCGAGGGGGCCGCUAUGCUAUGCCCUCCCUCGUGAUGCUUUUCAAAAACACGCGACGAUAUAUAGAUCGUUGGCCCGCCUGAUAAGAUUGUUCUGUAGGUUGUUGUGGUGGUGGAAAUUGUAUUCUUUGUGUAUUUUAUUUUUUUUUGUUGUAUUUCUUUUCUUCUUUUAUUUGUUAUUCAAUUCAUCAUGGGGAUGAAAAUUGUUGGCAAAAAUUAUGAUGGAGAUGGAUGAGUUAGAGAGGUUAAUUUCUAGUUGUGUUGUUUUUUGUAUACCACUAGAAAAGUAUUUCUUUGUUGUUUUUUGGUUUCAAUGUACCAUUCUAAUUUCUGGUGAUCUAUCUUAGUUCUUGUGCAAUAUUAUUAUUAUUAUGGACAUUAAA